UUAAUGAUUUUGUGAGAAGACACUCAAAAGACAACAUAACAUAGCAUUGGUAGCAAUAUUCGAGGAAAGAUACAAAGUGGAAUAUUGCAACAAUAUCAUCCCUCGAGUAAACAUUGGAUAAACACUCUAGACCGAAUACUAUCGAAUAUGAAGUGGCAUGAGAAAUCCUUCCAAAGCAGCACUACACUAGGAUCAGUCUGAGAUCAGGGACAAGGUUAUCAUGGUUAUAUAACAUCACUUACCAAGCCGAUCAACGAUUAGUGUACUAUGAAUAAUUCAUCUUCGAAUCUUGACACGACAUUUUCUUCUAUUUUGAUUUCUUUUAUGAUUUUACAACAGUUGAUAUUUGUUGUUGCCUUUAUUGGUAAUAGUCUGGUUAUAUGGAUAUUUCUUACAAGGCUGAAACUUAAAUCGAGCACGAAUAGAUUUAUAGUAAGUCUUGCAUUGGCUGACGUGCUGACGGGAAUAGUUACGGGUGUCCAGAUAUUCUACUUUGUGUACCCGGUAAUGAACGACAAUAUGGUGACAUGUUUCCUCCGAUAUUUAUCGAUUAACUACACGACACAGGUUUCUCAAAUGACUGUAAUGUUUACAACUUUUGACAGAUACGUCGCCAUCUGCCAUCCACAUCACUAUGUUAGUGUAAUGACGAGAAAAGUAGCCAUUAUUUUGUCCGUGUUACCAUGGGUACUAUCUUUAGCAUCCGUAGGUUCACCAUUGUUAGGUUGGCAUAUUUGGGAACGAGGAUGUCGAUGUGAAUAUUUGUUAAUAUUUGAAAGAGGAUACUAUCUGACGUCAUCAGUUAUAACGUACUCUUUCAGCAUACUAACGUUUAUAAUGUACAUUUUUAUACUAAAAACAGCAUGGCGAUAUUACUCUAGAGUUAAACCAGUUGGUGGUGACAGUAGCUGUAAUCAUGGUACAAAUAAGUCCAAAACAAUGGAACGUGAUGUACGGAAUGCCAAAGUAACGGGUGUUGUAACCCUAGCAUUUUCAGUUUGUUGGUUGCCAUUCAUGACAUUCCCUUUUCAGAAAGGAAUUGGUAUAGACCAAAUAUCAGACACAGGUCUAACGGUUAUGAACUGGCUUGUUUUCUUAGGAAUGUUAAACAGCAUUGUUAAUCCAUUUAUUUAUGCUUGGAAGCGACGGGACUUUAGUAAAGAAUGUAAAAGGACAUUUGGAUGCUUUAAAAAUCAGGAGGAUAUGUCUCAAACAUCGGUAGAGUUUUAA